CUGCGUGGCCACACGUAAACAAGACCGAAGCGAACACUACCCUACACAAAAGCUUGACCUUUUCCGAUAGAGUAAUAUUCGAGAAUAGACUCUAGGCUAUAACUCGAGAUUGUCGGAGGAAAGAGGAGUUUUUGACAGAUUUUUCUUUCUGAUAUUUUGUGCUUUUCAAAUGAAGCAGAGCAGUCCCGUCCCAGCGUUUCUCAGCAAACUGUGGACACUCCUCGAGGAUCAGUCAACGAAUGACCUAAUCUGUUGGAGUCAAGAUGGCUGUAGUUUCCUGGUGCUGGAUGAGCUGCGGCUCAGUAAGGAGGUCCUGCCUCUCUACUACAAGCACAGCAACAUGACCAGCUUUGUGAGACAACUCAACAUGUACGGAUUCCAUAAGGUGGUGCAUGUAGACUCAGGUCUGCCUGUAGACCCAGAGCACAGCCAGAGUGUGGAGUUUCAGCACGCGUAUUUCCAGCGCUCUCAGGGGCACCUCCUGGGCCUCAUACACAGGAAGGUAUCAGUGAGCCGUGUGACUGAGGACUCGGCGCAGGCGUCUCAGGUGCUGGUGGAGGUGUCUCGGGUGGGCAGGUGGUGCGACUCCUCUCAUCUCAAACUGCUGUCGCUCUGCAGGGAUAAUGCGAGUCUGUGGGAAGAGGUGGAUUCACUCCGACAAAAAUAUCAGCAUCAACAAAAGAUAAUCAGAAAGAUCAUUCACUUCAUCACCAGUGCGGUUCAGUCCAGCAGAAUCAAAGGGACAAAGAGAAAGUUGGCAAGGAUUGACAGCUCAGGGGAGUCGUCUCCAGCCCCCAAGUUCAGGCGCUCGGUCAGUGUUCAGGCCAAUAGGAGACCCUCUUACAUGGACUCCAGAGAUGGUGUGUACUCCAACAGACUGAUCCUCUCAGAUAUCACACAUGUGCUGCAGCCCCACUCUAAUCUCCAGAGCAGUCUCUCUCUGUCUGUAGAGAUCCCCUCUUCAUUUGCAGAUGGUCUUCACACAUCGUCCAGUGUGACAUCACUCCCCUCGGAGGUUCCUCACACGUUCUCAGAAGUUCCUCCAAGCAUUCCAUCACAAUCCGCAGAGAUGUUCUCUGAUGUUCCACGCUCGUCUACAACGGUUCCCUCUCUUUCCAAAGACUCUUCAUCCAUGUUCUCCGAAGUACCGCCAGGAUUUACGAGUUUCACUUCGCGGUCCGUGGAUAAUCCACCCGAGGUCACAGAUGUUCCGUCACUCUGCUCAGACAUAUCGGCCAUGUUCUCAGAAUUUCUGUCAGCAGAGUUUCCACUAAUGUUCAGCAAGGUUCCGUCAGGGGCCACCAGUGUUCCAUCCGUUUCAACAGAGGUUCCAUCAGUGUUCCCUGAAGUUCCGUCGGGUUCUACCAGUGUUCCCUCUGAGUCGGCUGAACUUACAUCAGUAGAACAAGCCCUGUCUCUCCUCAUGGAACCGGAGGUACACAACCCCAUAGAGAACCGUGCAAAGAGGUGUGAGGACGACCCUCUAGCCCUCAUAGACUCCAGUCUGGCUGCUAUACGCUGCUCAGUAGCGCCCUCUGAUGGCCUGGACCUGCUCUCAGUGUUCCUAGGCCCUGUUGAGGAUGCACUAGACCACAGUGCCACCAGCUCACAAAUAGUAGAGAGGAAACUGGGGGCCCCACCGAGGGAAGAGACACCUCGCUACACACACACAGUGUCUGAGGCCGUUCCCAUGAUUGCUUUGGGGGGCGGUUGUGGUGAUGAUGAGGAUGAUGGUGAUGAUGGUGAUGAUGAUGAUGAUGAUGAAGAUGUGGGUGAAGGUUCGGACAUUCUGCCUUCACUUCUCCGGCUGGCACAGGAGGCGUCUGCCCUCAGCAUGCCCAGCUCUGUACCACGUGCACCCUGUGUGCCCACAUCUCAUGCCUCUUAACUACCACACACACACACACACACACACACACACACACACACACACACACACACACACACACACACACACACACACACACACACACACACACACACACUACAGUAUACACAUCUGGAGGACUAGAGAGGAGAGAUGAAUACUUUUAGUCGGUUUUAGGUUUAAGUAAGUUUAUCUUCAACAAUAUUAAAAUUCAGUGAUUAUAUUUACUGUAAUUUACCAACUAUUAGCCGGCUUUUACAUUGAUUUUAGCACAUUUCUUCAGCUAUGAGGUUAAUACGCGGGGACAGUUAGUAUGGUAUUAAUAUGAUUUUGUCUCUUUUAACUUGCAUAAAACACUGUCCUGCAGCUUAUACACAAUGUGGCUAAUACACAGGAAAUUACUGUAUAGCUGUCAUUUGAAAUACUUCAAUUGGUAUUCCAUUUGCAAAGAGAUUUGGAUACUUCAUGAGUACCUUUAAAUUCAAAUGUAUGUAUCAAACUGCAUUAAUGGUUCAUGUGAUUGUGAGAGAAUGGUGCUUGGAAGGCAUUGGGGAUUAUUGUAUUUUUAUACUCAGACAGAAAAGCUUCCUUAAACCUUAUUCAUCAUCAUAGAGAUGAUACAUAUUACCAUAUAAUGCUCUCUCUAAACUCCGUAAAGCUGUGUGAGGUUAUCUUGUCACACCAAACGGAUGAUCACACCAGACGGAUGAUCUUGAAUUUCUAUGAAGUAUCUAUCUAUCUAUGAAGUAGCUAUCUAUAUAUCUAUCUACAGUAUCUAUCUAUCUAUCUACUGUAUCUAUCUAUCUACAGUAUUUAUCUAUCUAUCUAUCUAAUAAAGACCACAAUAGCUCCAGAAUAGCUAUGCACAAGCGUAAUGUACAACGACAUUAUAAAGAGCAAACGAAGAACUCUUUUCCAAAAGAACCAUUUUAAUGCAACAACACAAGUACGAUUUUAUUGAUAUUACCUGAAACACACAAUAAAUAACAUGACUUAUUGAUCUUUUCAAAUUGUUCUGAUUUAUAGGGUUUUGGAAAAGAGUUCAUAUGAUAUAUUUUGAUGUUUGUAUCAUAUAUCCAGAUAUAAACAGUUGGAUAACUCCGGUCUCAACAGUAGCCUUCAUACAGUAGGUAUGAUAUAAGUACUCUCACACGAGAAAUAACACGCAGAGUAGUGUGAAGACUGCGUCACACACACGCAUACUUACCAACACAAACACGCACGCACACACACUCACACACGCACACACACACACACACACACACACACACACACAUAUAUAGUACUCCUGGGGGAAGGGCUGUCCCACAUCCUGUUUUCUGGUGUGGGCUGUUGUAUACCACGACAAGCCAGAAAGAGUUCACAACCAGAGAGAAAACACUCUGUCCUCACCUGCAUUUGUCCUCAUUUAAGCUUCACUCAUCGACUAACAACACCCCCUGUCUGUAGAACUCACUCAGAAUACACUCUAUCCUGCCCACGGCAAGUGACUAGUGACCCAUGUGUGAUGGUAGUGUAGUGGUUAAGGACCUGGGCUAGCAUGCAGUAGCCUGAAAGUAGU